CCCUCAUUCAUACAGCCUCCUCCUCUACAUCGCCGUCGAGCAUCAUGUCACUCUCAAAGACAGGAACAACGAAGUAAUACGAACCAGCGACGCUCUUACGCCUACGCCUGCGUGAUCUCGCUUCAAGGACGAGGAAGUCCGUCGACGAGCGAACCCUCUUUGAUGGCAAGAGUCACUAUGAGAGAUCUUCUCGUGAGACCGGCCUGGACGCCGAGUCCCGAUCUGAACAUCAGGAUCAAGUCAGAGGGCGGUCAGUAAGAUUCGACGGGCGUCGUCGUCGCCAUCACCAUUCAUGAAGUGAUGUCCGCCAUGAGGAUCGUGAACGGCUCGCGUGGGAGCUUCAAGUCGGCGGUGCAGCAGCUCUCCACCCAAACGCCGGGCGGACGGAAGACGGGCCAAUCAUCCGCUUUUGCUGCAUCGCAUCCUGCAUUCGCUCCUUCCUCUUUCUCAUUGCAACGCUACCAUGGACCAAAUCAUACGCUUCGUCAAGGCGCACAAAUAUGAAAUCAAGAAGUAUGGCAAGAAGGCCUUCCUCUGGUGGAAGAAGAACAAGAACAAGCCGAGUAGCGGCGGAGGCGGUGCUGGUGCUGGAGGAGGAUUUGGGGGUAUGAUGGGAGGAGGUGGUGGUGGAGGUCAGACGCAGCAGUACUCUGGCGCCGCAGGAGGUGGGUAUGCAGGCGCGGCUGCAGGGACCGGCUACACAGCCCAACAAGCUCAACAACAAGGCUACGGCUACGGAGCGCCGACUACCGGACAGAACUACCCUCAACAGGGAGGCUACGAUCAUCCGCCACCUCACGGACAGUAUGGCUACCAGCCUCAGCAGGGUCAUCAGCAGCAGAGUGGCCUUAAGCCUCACCACCCGAAUUACAAUGACAAUGCGGUCAACUCAAAGAAUCAACGCUACAUGCAGCUCCGUAAUGACGCUCGCCGGGAAGGCGACUUGAUGGCUAAAUGCUUCGACCAGUCUCACUCAGCGUACAGCCACGGCGACGGCAGCAAAGCCAAGCAGCUCUCGAAUGAGGGCCACGAGCACAAGUCGCGCAUGGAGCAGCUCAACAAGGAGGCGGCCGACUGGAUCUACGUAGCCAACAACGAGGACUCUGGCCCGGACGAGGUUGAUCUGCACGGCCUCUACACAGCAGAGGCCAUCACCCGUACCGAGCAGGAAGUGGCGCAACGUCAACGACGCGGUGACCAGACUGUGCGGAUCAUCGUAGGCAAAGGCAUCCAUUCAAAGGACCAUGUUGCGCAUAUCAAGCCGGCAAUUGAGGAUCUGAUGAGGAAGUACAAUCUGCAAGCGCAUCUGGACCCGAAAAAUUCGGGUGUGCUUGUGGUAGAUUUGACCGGCAAGGCGACGGGUGCCUUUGGAAGGGACGCUGGUGGGUUUACGAGGGGGCUGGCACAGCAGGCCAGUGGGAAUGAGGAGCAAGUGAGUAGCCGCGACAGCCGGAUGGUAGUGGCGAGCAUCGGCUGACUGAACUCUUUUCUUCUCUUGCUCGCCCACAGUGCACCGUCAUGUAGAGCAGCGCCGCAGGACUGCAGGGCCUCAUCUCUUAUACCUUUGUCCGCCAACCUCUACCUCGUAGCUAAUCAUGAUAUCGAGCGCUCUGCUGCGCACGAGAAACAGACGUGACGCGAACGUGAUGAGCGCGGCUUGCUCUCCCUGCGAUGAUCAUCACAUCCGCCUAUCGGGACUGGCAGCUCCACCACGAGUCUAUUUGUUUGCCCGGUCAGGGGUGGUUGAGCG